GAGAAACAAUGAAAAAUUUGAAAAUCCAUGAAAAGUCAACAUAUGCUGCUCAAAUCAAUGCAAAACUGACUAGAAGGCGGAAACAGCUAAUGGAGGAGAUUCUGAAAGAAGAUGAGAAGGUUGGAACAGACAGACAUAAGUUAAAUGGCCUCCAAGAUGAUCCUUCCUGGAAACUUGAAGUCACUAAAGAUCGAAGAACAGAAAAGGAAAGCUUACAUGACUACAUCGCCAAGAAGAGAGAGUUGUUCCUACUUCAGUAUUCCCUGGCUGUUAAACGAGAAGAAAUGCAGAAGCUGGAACAUGUGGGCACUAGUGAGGAGCAGAAACUGGAGAAAGCUGAGCAGUUUCUGGAAGAAGAUGCAGCAAUGUUUGAUGAGUUUCUGAAAGAGAAUGACAAAAAUUCAGUUGAGGCUGUUAGAAUUGCUGAAAUGGAAACCAAAGCAAAGCUAGAAAAAAUGGCCAAGAUUAAGAAGAUAACUGCUCAGAUGGUCGCAAUAAAAAGUGAGAUUUCCAAAAAUGAAGAAAUACUUCAGGAAUAUAGGAUGUACAAGAAAUUCCUGCUGAAGCUCUCCCCAGUGGAGUGGCAAGAAAAACAAUACAAAAAAAUGAUUGAGGCCAAAAAAGCCAAAAUGGCAGCCAGAGGGAAAGACAAGUGUGGACAAGAAGAUAAGACUUCUCAGCUGACAAAUCAUUCCCAGAAACUUGAGAAUAGAUCAUCAAGUAGAGGGAUACGCAAUUCACCAAGAGCCCUUACAAGGACUUCAUCAAAACAGAGCUUCAAAUCAGGGACCAGCAGAAAACCGAGCAGAACACCCUCUCAGAUACAGUCUAAGGAAGAAGAAUACAGUUCUUCAGACAGUGAUGAGGAACCUGAGCUGUAUUUCACUGAUCCACAGCAGUUACUGGAUUUAUUUACUGAGCUUGAAGAACAGAACCUGUCCCUCAUACAGAAUUCCCAGGAAACUGAGGAAACACUAGAGCAGAUAAAACAGAACAUAAUUAGCACACAGAACAAAAUGAACCAUGAAACAAAUUUGUUGCAGCAACAGAUAGACAGUCUAAAGGACACCAUAACUAAAGAGGAAGAGAGGGCACGGGAACUGGAGCUAAAAUCCCGUGUUUUCUCCUUUGGACAGUUCAGCGCUGAUGACCAGGAUAAAACACUAGAAAUGCUUAAUAAAAAGGUAGCAGAAGUCUACCGUGCAUGUUCUGGUGGUAAUGAAGCGAAUCUCAGCACACUGCAGAUGUUAACCAGCGUUGAGAACCAGCUGGAAGAGCUCAUUGAGAACCUUGAGAUGAUCCCUCCUGAAAGAGUUGAAAUAGCAGAGAAAGCAAAAGAAAAGGAACGCAGACUGAGAUUACGGGAGGAGAAACUGAAACAGCAAAAGCAACAUCAGGAGGAGAGAUUACGCCGUGCAUUGGAGAGAGCUCGGGCAGACCCUAAGAAAAAGACUGGAAGGAAAAUGAUGUUCCGUUCAGAGCCACCUGUCCCCAAGCAUAAAGAAGAUCUUGACCAGGAAGCCACUGACAAAGAAAAGGAAGAAAUGAUCUACUACUUCACAUAAAUUGUUUGUGAGCAUUCAAACGCUGCACAACUAAUUACAGCAUAACUCACUGGAUCAUUAAAUUCAACUUUUGAGUUUCUUCCUUGUUAGUUACUCCAGCUGUUGCCUAGCUUUACUCUAAAUUAUGCUUUUUUGCCACAUUUCAUUUUACAUUUAGAAGAUAAUGUAUUUUUCUUUCCCAUUAAAUUGUUCUAUGUUGUUAGAUAAAUAAUUCUGAGUGCCUUCAAGUGUACCAUCAUCACAGAUGGUGACAUUUGCUCACAGGUUACUUUAUAUUGCAAAAUAAUGUGCAGCAUUACAGAAGAGUUUCAUCUCAGUAGAAAUUAAACGUCUUUGGAUUAGAAAAAAAUAAGUCUACUUAAUGUGGGACAUCAUUAGAAGUGACUGAGCUUCUUGAUGGUUUCCUUUCACUGUAAAUUUAGAAAGAACCUAUACACCUAUGAAAACAUGGAAGGGUGAAACCAAACCUGAAAUAAAAAUCUAUCAAAUGUUGUAA